AUGAAGCUCACCAAAAUAUCCUGGUUCAUCGCCUUAAGCCUCCUCCCAACUCUUGCCCUAGCAAUCAAGUGUCCCCCCGACCUCUAUAAAAACAACCGCUAUCUCGGCGGCUGCAAAGACAUGACCAACUCCUGGAUCGUCAAAGACUUCCUCUGCGAGACGCACGCCGGGUCCCCCCUCUCUAAAGACGUUCUCGAAGCUUCCAACGUCCUCCGGGGCCGCGGUAAGGGGGACGCCCAGUGCAGUCCCGAGACGCAGGGGGAGAAUCAGUGUGUCAAACUGGUCACGCAUCUCUUGGCAGGCGUCGCGGUCUGCGGGAUGGGGGAGAUGAGGGGCGUGGAUUGUGUGAGAAUUGCGAACUUUGUGUGGAGGCUGGAAGGGAAGUGUAAGCAGACGUUUGAGGGGGAGGAGGAGCCGAGGGUAGGAGGGAGGGUAGUGUUUGAGUGGGGGAGGAUUUUGGUCUUUUGA